ACUCCUAUUGGUGGGCGGAGCUGUCAGUCCGCCCCGUUGGAGUUGGGCAGCUGGGGCGCCAGUGCGGGACCCCGAAAACGAUGUGGGAGCGGGGCCUGGUGCUGUCCGCCCCGGGGAAGGCGAUCCUGCAUGGGGAGCACGCCGUGGUGCACGGCAAGGUUGCCUUGGCCGUGGCGUUGGACCUGAGGACGUUCCUCCGGCUGCGGCCCUGCGCCGAGGGCCGGGUCUGUGUCCGCCUGCCCGGGGUCGGCGUCCUGAGGAGCUGGGACAUCCCCUCUCUGCAGGCCCUGCGGAGCGGGUUUGCAGCUGACUUUGAUGAAUCUAAGCCCCCCAGCGUAGAACAGCUGGAUACACUGAGGGAGUUUGCUGGAAUCGCUGCCGGAGCCACAGCUCCUGAGAGCCUUGCUACUCUCGCCUUUCUGUAUAUGUGCCUGGCUAUUUCGGCUAAGUAUGGAGAUGUUCCGAGCAUGGACAUCCUGGUGUGGUCGGAGCUCCCCACGGGAGCUGGGCUGGGUUCAAGUGCCGCCUACACCGUUUGCCUGGCAGCUGCGCUGCUCUCAGCAUGUGGAGCCGUCUCCUGCCCGUUGAAGGAGGGAGAGUCCACAGCCAGGUGGACAGAAGAAGAGCUGACGUUGAUUAACAGCUGGGCCUUCCAGGGGGAGCGGGUGAUCCACGGCAACCCCUCGGGUGUGGAUAAUGCUGUUGGAACCUGGGGUGGAGCCCUGAGAUACCAAUCAGGAAAAAUCACACCACUAAAGAGGGUGCCAGCGCUGAGGAUUUUGCUGACCAACACCAACGUCCCUCGAAGCACCAAGGUCUUGGUGGCUGGUGUCAAAGAGAAGAUCCUGAAGUUCCCUGCUAUAAUCAAACCGGUGCUGGACUCCAUCGACGCAAUUUCUCAGGAGUGCCAAAGUGUUCUGGAAGUGAUGUCUGCAAAUCCAUCACCAGAGCAUUACCCUGUGCUGGAGGAACUCUUCGAUAUAAACCAACACCACUUAAACGUGAUCGGAGUCGGCCAUCCCUCCCUGGACAGGCUGUGCCGGGUGACAGCGUCCCACGGCCUGCACAGCAAGCUGACGGGGGCUGGCGGGGGCGGCUGUGGCAUCACCCUGCUGAGACCAGACACCUCCGCGCUGGCCGUGGAAGCAGCCAAGCGAGACUUGUGUGCCUGUGGAUUUGAGUGCUGGGAGACCAGUAUCGGGGCCCCUGGGGUGACCCUGCACUCCUCCUCAUCGUUAAAAGCCGAAGUGCUGCACGCGCUCACCGAGAGUUGAGCUUCUGCCUCUGGCAAGACUGAGCUUUUGGCACUGUGUCCUUGGAGCUAUACCUGUGUGUGCCCCGCUGCCUGGAAACUUCUCUCCCUCUCUCCUGUGUGGCUGUGGGCCUCUGGACAUGGGUGCGGAGCCAGUUUCAGGAGUGGUAUCACUGGGAGUGGAGGCUACGAUGUGGACCUGGAAGCAACUGCUUGCACUUGGGCUCAGUGUGAGUUUGACCCAGGCUCUCCAAAUCCUCUUUUGAAUUCACUUACUCUCAAAAUCCUGUUUUGAAUUUACUUACUUGACUGCUGUGUUAAUCCCGAGGGGCAGGAGGAGAGGGGCUUGGCUGGAUUCCAGCACGGAUAAUGACACUUUGCUUUGGUUCCGCUGCUUCAGAUGCAUGUGGUGACUCUCCCCUUCUCCCCAGCGCCCUGUGAGGGCGGGUAGCGAGGCUGGCGAGGUGGAUUUGACGUUUUUGGGUGAAAAGCAUCUUGGCAGCUCAGGGCUUGACUCUCAGGUCUCAUUUCUCCUCACCUGCAAUUCAUGGUAGAGGGGGAACCAUUAAAUACAGCUCUUACCUGCUACUAAUCAAGAGUUGGAAAAUUAAAAUGCAAGAAACAGCUCCUUUCUAAGUUAUCACUGUUUUCACUCUUUCCCAUAAUGUCUGCUUGGGCUGAUAAACAGGGUCCCGUAACUGGGCUCUGGUUUCUGUUCACACGCUUGAGAUGAGGUUCAGACAGCAGCUGUCACCUGCAAGGGGGGUCGCUAAAGGCAAAGAAAGUCUUACAUUUUCCCCUUGCCGUAGCUGUUCUGGGCUCUCUUAUGCUUCAGCCUUCGCGAGCACGUCUUUGACCCUGCCUGUUGUUGGGUGUGUAAAAUGUUCCACUGCCAGGGCAGAGGGAGGCUGGGCCACAAAGGGAGGCAGGUACAGAACAAACACAAAUUUGAUGUAGUUGGAAGUAAUAUUUUGUUAAAAAUAAGUUUGGGGGAAAAAAAAACCUGCCUCAAAAGCUGAUCAUAACCUGCAGCUGGCAAACUGUAAGACCUAAAUGGAUUUAAGCUCAUUACACAAAUCUAAAGGCAGUUUUUACUCUUGAAAUUUUAAUGAGCUGAACCACAGAACUGAAAGGGAAUUGGCAGGUGAGCGUCUGGGGCCAGAGGAUCCUGAAGGAAUAAGCCGGCUCUUUGUGGCUGUGGUCUCUUCUGUACCUGCUGGGGAGAUUUUAUCAUUGUUCUUUUUGUCUGUUGUGGUGCGUUUGGGGUUUUUUUUUAAGUGUAGUUCUGUUCAAGAGUUGCUUCAUUCAAAGCUGAGUAAUAAAUUGGCAGGGUUCCCCUAUUCCUUCCUCUCCCAGUGCAGGAAUAAAAAAUAAUCAAGUGCAAGAAGUUGAGAUGUACUAACUCUAAAAUCCAGGCAGCGUGAUGACCAGCUUUAUUUACUGAUCAGACGUAAAACUGUCUCUGGUUUUAAUAAAUUGAUGUUUUUUUAAUGUGCAAA